UGCGUUAAUCAAACUUUGGUUGCGAAAUCAGCGCGCAUAAUCUUUAAAUAUAGACCCCCUAUUCGUUGUUGAUCGGUUGCCAUCUGCUCAGAUUUACUUUUGGAGGACUAUAGAACAGGUGUAGCUAUUACUUUGAGAGGUUGAAUUGAUUAGAAUGAAGAAGCACAGAAAUGAGAAAGCUGAGAACGUGAAAGAAAACUGUGAUGAAUGGUUGUCCACUAGAAACCGAAAGAAGGCUUCUAUGCGAAAUAUGCCGAAGAAGAUCUCAAGCGCUAGGAAGUUGCCUGGUCCAUGGAAGCUGACACAGAACUCACCUCCUCCCAGGCAGUUAUCCAUUCCAACUCACCAAACGAUGAUGACCAGUUACUUGUUGAAAGGAGGGCAAACAUAUCUUGAUAAAAACCUAGGAGGUAUAGUGAAGCCAUCGCAUGUGAGAGGAGGGUCUGAGAUAGAGAUGGAAUUGAAACCUGAUCCUGUUGCAGUUAUGGAAAUAAAUAACAGCCAACACUUCAAACCCGAUCUUUCUGUGGAUUGUAAAGGUAUUUCAUUCUAUGAUCACAUUCUAGUACCAAAGAAAGAGUCUAAUUUUACCAGAAACGAUCAGUACAAGUCAACGAAACAAUCACUUUUGGCAUCACCACGUCGCAGUUCUUAUGAAAGGCUUGAUUUGCAUCAAAAUGUUACACCGCUUCGUGAAAGAAUCAAUGUUUUAUCAGAAGGACAAGAAAGAAGUUUGAAUCAAGUGCAAGAUUGUAACGCCACUGACCAUUCUGUUGACCAUACCAUCAAUAAAGUUGCUGAUCACAGUCAGAACCGCAGAGUUCUUCAACAAAUAAACUCGGAAAAUAAUAAAUAUGGACUUAAGGAUUGCCAUACCAAAAAUGCAAGUACUCUUUUACCAAGAAGGCCCCGAGAAAUUACCAAACUACCAGACAAUGCAGAUUUAUACUUGUCACUGCUUCCUGAAGAUCACAAGGUCACUGUAAAUGCUGUGGGUACCACUGUCACUACAUGUGGUAGUGAUGAUGAUAGAGAAGAUGAUGGGGCUGAUAUUGCCAUUGGUGAAGAUUACAAUGACAAUAUCGAUGAAAGCUGUGAUGUUAUGAAUGGUGUCUGUGUUGGUCGUGGUGAUUACACUGAAGAUUCCAAUUCAUUAGUUUUUUCACCCUUUAUUGAUUCCAAAAGUUCAAUGACUUUAUUUUUAACAUCUACCCAAGACGAAAGUUGUUCUUCUGAUGUCAAUCUAACAUUUGACUUUGAUGAUGCUGAAAGACUUACUUCAGAGCCUGUCUCUUCUCUUGUUCUUCUGGAAGAUAGUUUGUCAUUGAAAAACGAUCCAAUGAGUUUGGAUUCCGACAGUCUGUAUCUCUCUCAGAGCCAAUCUGAAAUUGACUCUCCAUCACUAGAUGAUUUUACAUUUCAUUAAAAUAGAUGAUGAUUCCAUGAAUAAUUUAAUCUCUAGCUUUUGGUAAAAUUUCAAUUCUAAAUUCUCUAAAGACUUGAGGAAAAACACCCCAAAACAGGAGUUUUUAUUUAAAAGAAUUUUCACAAUUUUCUCUCCUUCGUUGUUAUUGCAUAGUACUGAACUGUUCUCUUCAAUUCUGUACACAAAGAUCAGAUUGAUGUAAUUGUAUCUGCUUACUCUAUUCUUCUUUACAAUCCUGAAUCGGUUCAACUUUGUUAUUGAGAUGAGUUAGAAUUCACAGUUAUGUUGUCUAUGAAAUAGUUUACAUUUUUCUGUUGUAUUGCAAAUUGACACAAAUAUAAAAGCACUAAGAAUGAUUCUUGCUGGUUACAAGUAUCAAGUCUGCAGGCCUACAGAUCUAAUUUUAACUGGGCUAGUUUAACUUGUCAUCCUCUCAGCAUUAAUAAAAUAAGUGGUCAGCAUUUCAGCUUCUUCUUAUAUAUGAGGGGCUCAAACAUAUUAGGGUGUCCAGCAUUUCAGCUUUUUGUAAUAUAUGAGGGCCUCAAACAUAUUGGGGUGUCCAGCUGAACUGAGUCUUUGAUACAGCAUGUUUGCAGCAGGUCAUUAUUAUUGUUGUUGUUGUUAAGCAACAAGACGGGUAAGGGUGAUUAGGUGAUGGUCUAGGGCUUAGAGGUGGAAGACCCCAGACCUUGGGAAAAAAAAAAC